CCUGCCUUUCCCGAAGCCUUCUUGGUUCAGCGACCCUCCAGCCCUCCAUGUGCCCGAGGCCCUCGCUGUUUGGGUGGGCGUGGAUCUGCACUUCUGGCUUAGCGAGGGACAGCGCUCUGGCUUCGCGUCGGGGGAAACAGGUUAUCCGCGAGCCAGACCACCAGGGAGGGACGGCGGCAAAGAACGUGUAUUUAAGAAAGAAUAUCGAAACAUUUCAAGACUUUUAAAGCACACCCCAAAUUCCGGGCAAAGAGGGCUGGAGGGUGGGAAAGGCACUUUAGUGCAAAUUCCAUCUAACGAAGAAGAGACUAGCCAUAGAGAACCCACCACGGAGUCGACCGGGACCGGAGAUGUUGGACAGGGUUGCCCCGGCUUUUCAGGACCUGUGCAGGCAGGUGCUGCCCACACUCCCUUCGCUGACCCAAGAGGAAGUGUCCACUAUCUGGGGGAAUGUUUCAGAUUUUGUGGAACGGCAGCUAACUAUGCACAAGGGGGUUCAGAUUUCAGGACUUGGGACUUUCACUUUCACGAGGCAGCAGCUUGAGAUGGGAAACAAGAAGUUCAUUCUGGUGCAGAGGCCGGUGUUCAUCAUGGCGGAGAAGUUAGUGCAGACCCAUGGACUGAAACAAAACAAAGUAUUUUCUCCUGGUGAUAUUCCAGUUGUCCCGCUUAAUUUUGUCAUGAUAUCAUUGGAGGGGCCGUUUAACAGGGAUACCAUAGAAGGAUGCGUUAAGGAGACACUACUCUUUUUAUCACGAUCCAUUUCCAUCAAGCAAAAUGUGGAGUUCACAUUCAAAGGAAUUGGGGUCCUUUCGAUCAGAGACAGCAAAGUGAAGAUGAGGUUUUACAAGGACUUCCUGUGUGCGAUGGAUGGGAGCGGCACCUUGACCAAAGCUCUUGCAAAUAGGCCUGGCACCAUGGACUCUGUGAUGUCUAGAAGAGAGGGCUAUCGAAAGCGUCCCAACAGUGCCCUAGCCUUUCCAAGGAUUGAACACAAAGAGACGGAGAACAAACCACCCAUGGAGGUCAUUGUUGAAGAAAGUGGAGAGAACAGACCAAGGAAGAUCAAGCUGAAAGACCUGUCAGACAAGGAGGAAGGAACCAGAGAUAUCUUGUCACCCAGGAAACAUCGUGAUAGGCAAUCUAUCUCUCCUGCCAAAGUGACAAGCGUCAGCCUGCUGGACAAGAUUGAGCGAAGUGGGAAUAGUGGGAAGAUCCCGGCCUCUGAAAACUUGUUAUCUCCAGUUUGUCAGAGAAAUGACAAGGAGAAACUCAGAACAUCCCCUGCCCCAGCUUGCCAGGAUCAUAAUAAGGCAGGACAGGAAAUGUGCUACGUGUGUUUGCAACGAGCCCAACGAAAUUUCCCAUUGUUCUAUGGAGACGAGAAGAGGAGGAGGGAGAUGGAGGAUGAACGACUUGUGCAGCAGUACCAAAUUUUGAAAGACCAGGAGGCUUUCAUCAAAAGCCAGAUGAAAAGUAUGGCCACUAGAGAGCAGAACCAGAAAAAUGCAGCUUACAAUCUUGGAGUCGCUGAAGCUAUAAGGAACCACAAGAAUGAGAAACCCGAAUUUUAUAAAUCCUAUCUGUUUGAUAAAAGGCCUCUUAGUCCUGAGAUUAAUGCUUUUAAGCAAGAUGGAUAUUCCCAAAGUCUCCUGAAACAAAUGGAAAGCAAGCGGGAAAAGGAAAUAAAGCAAAAACAAAACAGAGAGUUGAUGGACCGCUUGGAACAAGUGCAGCUCACUGAGGAACUCGCUGCACAGAGGGCUCAAUACAUAAAAGAGAAGAUGGAAGAAAUGCAGUGCUACAAGAGAGCUUUGGAUGCACAGAUAAAGAACAAACCCUCCCAGUUGCCCAUGUUUGAACCUGACUCUGCCGAGCCCAUCUUUGGUAAGAAUGAGGGAGAAAUGGAGUUGGAUAGGCGAAGGCGAGAACAGAGUUGCAUGAAGCAUCAGAUGGAGGCAGCUGCCAGCCUCAAGAGGAACACCAUCCUGAACCAGCUGGUGGACCAGAGGCGAGAUCUGCAGAUGCUUCAGAGGACGCAGAGAGAGCACUUGGCAGACAGAGCUGUUGAGCUGGAUCGAGUCAACAGGAUUAACCAGGGCUUGCAGGAAGACUGGGACAGGAGCCUGGCAAUGAAGAGGCAGCGGGACUUAGAGGAAAAGGCCUUUGAGCGGGCUUCUGACAAGCUGUUCCUCUUGGACCAGUGUGAGAAAUACCGGCGCUGCAGGCAGUGCCAGAGGCGCACCUCCAACGCUGGUGACAGCAACGUGUGGCCCCUAAAUAAGUUCCUGCAGGGCUCCCGAUUGCUUCUGUAGAGCUCAGCAUUUGAACCCGUGUUUCCUGAGGAACAUUUGUUUGGAGAGAUUGAUAUUUAUUUUGUAUAGUUGUACCCCAGAGGAAAAAAAAGAUUGCUUUAAAACCCUUUCUUUAAUUCAUGUCUACUGACUGUUCUCUGCAUAUCCCCUGAAUUUGGUUCUGAUGGCUGUGGAAACAUGCUUAGCCUAGAGCCCCUUGCUAUGGGGGCUGGGAGUGGGACACAACUUCUUGCUGGAUGCUGAGACAGUGUGGAUCCAGCUCUGUGACUUUCUUUUAGAAACUUCAUAUUUUUCCAUCUGUAAAGAAAAUAUUAUA